ACGUAUUAUAUCUAUUUCCCAUCUACUCCAUAGAAAAGUCCAAUCAACAAUGAGUAAUAUACCCCUUAUACCUUUUGGCCCAGAUGCUACAUGUACUCUGGACCUGUGCCCCCUGGAGAUGUCUGUGCUGCAAUACCGUCCAUCACUCGCCAGCAGCAUCGCUUUUAUCUGCAUCUUUUCCUCCUUGUUACUUAUUCACGGUAUCCUCGGGUUCCUCUGGAAAAGCUGGUGGUUUCUAGGCUGUACGACGGUAGGGUGCGUGACCGAGAUAAUCGGCUACGCUGGACGUGUGAUGCUUUUCUAUAACCCAUUCAGCUUUGCUGGAUUCAUGAUGCAGAUUAUUUGCAUUGGUUCCGCUCCCGUCUUCUACUCCGCGGCGAUCUAUGUGACGAUGGCGAAGAUCACUCAGAAUCUCGAUCCUUCCCUAUCUCGAAUUAAACCAAAGCUCUACUAUAUUGUCUUCAUCUUAUCCGAUAUAUUUUCCCUUACGUUACAAGGUGUUGGCGGAGGACUGACAACGUCGAGUUCGGGCCAAAAUCAGGCGGCAGUCGACCUAAGUCUAGCCGGACUAAGCUUCCAAGUAUUCUCCAUGGUCGUCUUUUGUGGCCUUCUCGCCGACUACAUGAUCCGAUAUUCAAAGAGAAUAACGCGUGGUAUUACCAGCACUCGCUUAAAGCUCUUCUUGAUAUUUCUUACCGCCGCGGUUCUGCUUAUUCUAGCACGAUGCGGAUACCGAGUUGCUGAACUGAGCAAUGGGUAUACUGGGGGUCUGAUCCACAACGAACCCCUUUUCAUUGCGCUUGAUGGAGUUCUCAUUGUCUUGGCCGUUCUUGCAUUAUGCAUUGGGCAUCCCGGUUUUAUAUUCUCGCCAUCCAAGACAGGAUUCAAAGCCUCCGAGAUCUCAAGUGAAGAUGGGAUUGUACUUCAGAACAAAUAAACCUGUCAGAGUUAAUUUUAAUAUGACUAGGUGUUAUAUGAAUCUAUACUAGCAAACCAGGGGCGAGUCCAAGACUUACAUAGGAGAACCCUAUUAAUACAUACCACUUGAUAGAUAGGUAUCUUACUUUUCCUACGAUAACUUUACAAUUCCGUUCCUUGAGCAUGACGAGAAAGUACUACAAGGAAGCAGAGCCCAAGGGCCCAUCUCAGAUGAGACGGAACUUAGCUGUUGCUUGUAUAUAAUGAUAUAUUAAACUGCUAUUCAAAGUAUGCUAGAAUCACAUCACAUGGUUCCCCUAAGCUGCCAGUGCAACUCAGUCUCUAUUAGGACCAAUUUCUAGCCAAUGCUACUUAUCAACUUCCAGGAUAU